UUGCACGUUACAUUGAUAUGAUUGUUUGAGGAAGACAUCACGCCAUAUCAAGACACAACACACUUCCUGUCUCGGAAGGAAAGAAGAAAAGAAGGUAAGACGGGCAGAGAGUCUGUCAGUAGGACAAACCAGGAGACAAACUGACAGACAGAGGAGAAACUGUGAAAGCAUAAAUUAGAAGAGAGCAACUGUGAAACCUCAAGGGGAAAAUACGAUGAAGAAUUUUGAGAGAAACUGAAAGAGAAGGAAAACAAAUCAGACGAUAUACACUGAGGACCGCACACGGGGUGAUCAGAGAGAUGCUCCACCUGGACAUGUAUCACCUGUUGGUGCUGCUGUGCAGCCCAGGACUCCAGGCUGAAGGAGAACACACCUCAACAGAGUCUGUCAGGUUGGUGGGAGGAGAGAGUCGCUGUACAGGAACACUGGAGGUGAAACAUCGUGGAGAAUGGAGACCAGUUGAUGGCUCUGCCUGGACCCUGAAGACAGCAAUUGCUGCCUGCAGAGAGUUGGACUGUGGCUCUGCUGUUUCUGUAGAAGAGAGAAAAGAGUCCUCAGUCAGAUCUGUGUGGUGGAUCAGGUCUGACUGUGUUCAGUUUGGAUCUGCUCUGAGGGAGUGUGCAUCAUCAUUGUCAUCAGAUUACUCUUCUUCCAUCCUGUAUCUCAACUGUUCAGACUCUGUCAGGCUGGUGAAUGGGACCAGUCUGUGCUCAGGCAGACUGGAGGUGAAGACUAACCAGUCUACCCAGCGCUGGUCCUCAGUGUGUGAAGAUGACUUUGACCAGCAGGAUGCAGAGGUGGUCUGUAGGGAGCUGGGCUGUGGAGCUGCUUCAGUCCUCCAGGGGGCGCUCUAUGGAGACGUGGAGGCUCCAAUGAGGACCAAAGAGUUCCAGUGUGGAGGCCAUGAGUCUGCUCUCCUGGACUGUAGAAGCUCAGGCUCAGAUAGAAACACCUGCUCACCUGGAAAAGCUGUUGGACUCACCUGCUCAGAGCCUGUCAGGUUGGUGGGAGGAAACAGGCGCUGUGCAGGAACACUGGAGGUGAAACAUCAGGGAGAAUGGAGACCAGUGGAUCACUAUUUCUGGCCCAGGAAGGUAACAGCUGCUGCCUGCAGAGAGUUGGACUGUGGCUCUGCUGUUUCUGUAGAAGAGAAAGAAGAGUCCUCAGAGAGAUCUGUGUGGUGGAUCAGGUCUAACUGUGUUCAGUCUGGAUCUGCUCUGAGGGAGUGUGCAUCAGCAUUUUCAUCUUCUUCCAUCCUGGAUCUCACCUGCUUAGAUCCAUCGGAUCCAUCAGAUCCAUCAGAUCCAUCAGCUCCACCAGAUCCAUCAGACCCAUCAGAUCCUUUAGAUCCACCAGAUCCAUCACCAGACCCAUCAUCAGCUCCACCAGAUCCACCAGAUCCUUCAUAUCCACCAGAUCCAUCACCAGAUCCAUCAUCAGCUCCACCAGAUCCAUCAGAUCCAUCAGCUCCACCAGAUCCACCAGAUCCAUCACCAGACCCAUCAUCAGCUCCAUCAGAUCCUUCAGAUCCACCAGAUCCAUCACCAGACCCAUCAUCAGCUCCACCAGAUCCAUCAGCUCCAUCAGCUCCACCAGAUCCACCAGAUCCAUCACCAGACCCAUCAUCAGCUCCACCAGAUCCAUCAGCUCCAUCAGCUCCACCAGAUCCACCAGAUCCAUCACCAGACCCAUCAUCAGCUCCACCAGAUCCAUCAGCUCCAUCAGCUCCACCAGAUCCACCAGAUCCAUCACCAGACCCAUCAUCAGCUCCACCAGAUCCUUCAGAUCCACCAGAUCCUUCAGAUCCACCAGAUCCAUCACCAGACCCAUCAUCAGCUCCAACAGAUCCAUCAGAUCCAUCACCAGAUCCAUCAGAUCUAUCAGAUUCAUUAGAUCCAUCAGAUCCAUCUCAUCGUAGGCCUUUUAUCAUUGGAGUGGUCGUGUUCUCUCUGACUCUGCUGUUGGUGAUCACUGCCCUUUACUUCUACUGUAAGGCCAGCAGGGGGCAGAAGCCAGACAGACAGAACAUUGAGCUGUGUGAAAAUAACCUGGGUGUUCCUGAAGCUGGAGGAGGGCUGACUGACGGAGGGAGCAGAGUAGCACCUCCUCAUCUCACAUCCAGAAAGUUUUAAAACACAUAUUCCAUUAAAAUAAGAAGGCAGAAAUUAUUAUAUAACAUAUUUAAUCUCAGCUGUAAACCCACUAGUUCCUACUAAAAGCGUAAAAACACCUCAGAAAUAUAAAGUUUAUUUUAUGCAUUAGACUUUAAAGCAGGAAUACCGAAAUCCAAGAAGCCAGCACAAUACAAACUGACCAAAGACACACCGACCCAGGCCGAUUGGGAACGAUGCUGGACAAUUAAUGUUAAAUAUUAAAUUAAAAUAAUCUUUGACAUAUAUACUCUCAAUUCUGUAUCAUAAUACUCGGUGUGCAAAUUAAAUUUGUUGACAUUUGAACAAUUGAAUAACGCCUACGGAGAAUAGAGGGCGUCGCCACUAUAAACGUUAACAAAGGUCAGAAUGAUGCUGCCUCAUGGACAUGUUAAAAAUCAGAGGUGGUUUUUACACCAAUUUUGUGCUUAUUUCUUAAGAAUUUAGCUUAUUUGUGUACUUCAGCAAUUCAAGCAUUUACUUAAUUUUGUAAGAAAGUUUUAUUAUAUUUCUGUAAUUAAGAAUGUUAAUACUUUUGCACUUAAAGGAUUUUAAUUGAAAAACUCUCAUGAUUAUGAAUACAUGAAUUGUAGCAGAAGCCUUCAGAGAUCAUAAAGAUGAUUAAUAAUUAGAGGUUUAUUCUAUGUGGGAGGAUGUCUGCUCACAGCAAGUUAAAGGCAAUAUUACAACAUUUUUAUAUAAAAAACUAA